CAGGGAGAAAGAACGAGACAAUUGAGGUACUUAGCUGAGCAUAUGAGAUGGAUGUAAAGGAAUUAGUGGAAACUUUGCAUUUUGCUUGCACCGCCGAAUUCUGGAGGAUGGCAAUCUUUUGGACCCUAUCUCUCAUAUUCUCCUAUUUGCAGUUGUUUGCCCAAAGCCUUUUCACCCAAAAACCAAUCCCCCCACGAAAAACAGCAACUCCCACCACCACCGGUACCAGAAUACCAGUCUGCAUUAUCACUGGAGCCACAUCUGGUUUAGGUGCUGCAGCAGCCUAUGCUCUUUCAAGAGAAGGAUUCUAUGUGGUUCUUGCUGGGAGAUCUUCUCAUAUGUUGUUGAAGGCUAUGGAUGACAUCAGAGCACAGAACAAAGAUGCCCUUCUUAAGGCAUUUGAGGUUGACCUAUUGUCCUUUCAGUCAAUUGUAAAAUUCAAAGGCUCUCUUCAGCAGUGGCUAUUGGAUUCAAAUUUACAUUCUUCAGUCCAACUCCUGAUAAAUAAUGCUGGGAUACUAGCAACAUCAUGCAGACUUACUGCUGAAGGCUAUGAUCAGAUGAUGGGAACCAAUUACAUUGGGGCAUUUUGUCUUACCCAAAUUUUACUCCCACUUAUGGAGAAUAGCCCUGUACCGGCCCGGAUUGUUAAUGUCACAUCCUUUACACAUCGGAGUGGCUGACAAGGAAACUGUUUCUGGGAGGUGUUUCUCAAAAUCAAAGCGCUAUCCAUGUGCUCAUGUAUACGAGUAUUCAA